AUGGGUUGUUAUUUCCGAUACGCUCAUUUAGCUUCUGACUUUCAUCAAAUUGUUGAUAGCUUUAAAGAAGUUGGAUUAGUUGGUGCAAGGUUAUUGGCACAACGAAGAAGGAUAAAGGUCCAGCAUAUUCAUCAAAAGCUUCACGUUCUGUCUACUUUUCAUCAUUUUUUGAACAUUGAGGUUUUUGCAGGAAAUUUUCGUCAAUUGGUAACAAAUAGAAUAAAACGAUACGGAAAUUUUGAAUAUGAUGUUGAAGCAGAGAUUGAACGUUACAAGCUUGAACUUGAUGUAUUAGAUCAUCUUCCAGAAUUGAAAGUUGCCAUAGCGUACCUUUUGAUGGAAAACCAUUGGAUAAUUUUUCAG